AUGCAAAACGUAUCACUGGACAGUAUAUCCGAUACUAGAAUAGUUGAUUUUGGAUGUUUGCCUGUGGAUCUAGAAAUGGAAAAGUGUAUCACACUACAGAACACGAGCUCCAAGGUGCUAACAUAUCGCAUAUCUCACAUGUAUAUUGAAAACAACGUGGAUAAAGUUUUCAAAGUUGCGAUCGUGUCAAAACCGAUUGAACCUCUCGAUAGUGUGACAGUUACUAUAACUUUCAAGCCCAACAUACCGGGACAAUCUUUUACCAAUUAUUAUCUAAUUGAUGAUGUAUUGGGGAAUUUUUAUAGGCUUACUGUUACUGGGAAAUGUUUUGGCCCAAACGUAACAAUAGAUACACGAAAGCUUGUCUUCCGCAUAUGCAAAACAGUAACGGAACAAAGAAGGGAAACGAUAAAAAUUAUUAACAAGUCGCCGAUAGACGCGCCUUAUCAGUGGCUGCUACCAGUUACUGGACAGGGAUACUUUCAGAUAUCAACUGGAAACUGUGGAGUUAUUCGUGCGUUUGAAACCAUAACUGCUACAGUCCAUUUCAGUGGGAUAGCAUUGGGAAUAUAUACUUGUGAGCUGGUGUGCCUCGUUUUGAACCAGGAACCCCUGUUUUUGAACGUUAUAGCCGCCGUCGUAUUACCGGGGAAUCCCCUCUACAACAUCAACGAUCAUGUCUUUGAGAAGGGAUUUAAGCGUAAACGACGUUCCACACACCUAAUGGAGAAUAAUCUUAGUCGUUUGACGUAUAUACCGUCAGCAUCUGUGUAUGAUACUUACUUGGAUUUUGGUACUGGUAGCGUUUCUGAUGUUACGCUGAACAUAUCGCAAACUUUGUGUGUGACCAAUCAUCAUCAAGAGGAAGAUGCUUUUGUAGUAUGGCUUUUGGAUCCAGAUAACGUGUUUUCAAUUGAUCCAUUUGAAUCGAUAGUUCCUCCUAGCGAGUCACGACUGUUCACUAUACGGUUUAGACCCAAUUUCGACAAUGAAGCCUACGGUUUCCUAUUAUGCGGUGAUUGCCAACAUAAGGUUUACGAUAGUGAUAAUACAGGCGAAGUAAAAAUCAAGCACACGUGGUUUAGAGUACCCUGCAUUGGUAACACUUUAGGUCCUUGUACUGAUUGGAGUACAGACUGGGAUUGUCCUACAGAGGUAGUUUUACCACCGACAGUCCCUUCACGAACAUCGUUUACUAAUUUCAUGCUCUCAAAUAAAUAUGAUAUACCAAUGCAGUUCAAAUUCGAAGCUCCACCGGAGACAAAUUAUGUGCUGAUACCUAUGUGUGGAAUCGUACAAGGCAGAGGCUGGCAAAUAAUAUCUGUUGCUCUGGAACCUAAGACUAGCGGUCAAUACUGUGAGACUUGGGACAUCGUGAUUAAUAAAUAUCAAAAGGCUCGCCUCUGUCUCUUUGGUAAUGCGGAGAUAAGUGAAGUAGAAGUAAUGUCCCACGGGUACAACCCAGCUACCCACGCAAUGUACGAGUUUCAACCAACCAUUACAGGAUGCAGCAACUAUUGCUCAGCGUACCUACAUAAUCAUACCAGAAUGAGUGUGCAUAUGCGAGUUCUAAACAGCGUGUCCUGGUUGGGAGCGGACAAUAAUGGCACAAUUGUGUUGCCACCUAAGGAAAUUCUGCGCUAUCAUUGGUGGUUUUUCCCUAAAGAACACAACAAAGUUUACGAAACUACCGUCACUUGUUCUUGCGUCUGUUUAAUUGAUGACAAACCAGUUGGAGAGCCUACUGAGAUAUUUGUACAUAUAAGUGGAUUUUCGGAACUGCCUGAUUUGAGGGUUCUUCCGAAAUCUUUGAAUCUCCACGAUGCUGUAGUCGGUGAGAGCGUUCCAUUUUCAAUAACACUGUACAACUACGGCUCUUGUUAUUUUACAUCUAAACUGUAUUAUUAUACUAAUGGCAUGGGUGAUGACUUUAGUGGCGAUAAAUUUGAAAUGGAUUCGGCUGUCAACAGUUUAAAACCAUCAAACCAUUGUGAAGUGAAAAUGGUGGCAACAGCUCACGGUGCUGGGUCAAGGCAGGUGGAUAUCAAGUACACUGUGCUAUUUAGGACGGAAUACGACGAAGUUGAGGAGAUACAGCCGAUUAAGAAGACCAUUUGUAUUGUUUGGUAUGAUGGAAUCUAUCCGACAAUAAAGGUCAAGCGAACUAUAUCUGUUAAAUGUCCAGUUAUUUUAAGUAAUCAUUGCGUUUGGAAGAUUGUUAAUGUUGAAGAACUGAACAAAGCACUCCAGAACUGCAGACCAAACAGACCUGUGAACGUCAACUUAUACGCUCCAGACCUCUGUCUUCGAUCACAGCAGGUGGAAUUAAUCUUCGUGAUGGGUUGCGUAUACAAUGUCCCCGCGCCGUGGAAUUUGAGACGCGAGAAAAUAUGUGACUGCGAAAUGGUGGAGGUCCAAGUGGGGAUAUCGACUUAUGUCAUGAGACAUACUUGUAUACAUCGAUCGCUGGUGGAGCUGACUCCGGAGAGUGGGAUCGUUUCACCUGAUAGUCCAUGUCUCCUGCACCUCAAGCUACAAUACUGUCUAGAAGGAAAGAACACAUUAUGCUACGUCUUGACCAUGCCGAACCACCGCACUAUCAACAUCUUCAUCCACAUCUUCACUCAUGUGAAGUCCAGGGGUGUUCUGACGCCGCUGCGAAGGAAUGUCGAGAGUAACGAAUUCUUGACCAUAUUGGACUGCGGCAGGGUGCCUAUAAAUAACCUGGAUCCCGUUAUACGGAUUGUGUGGCUCUACAACCCGACAGAUGUCUUCACCACGUGGCGUUUACUUCGUGGUAAUACCACAUCACCAAAUACAGUCAUACGCUGCCUUCAAUACUUUGCUGAAGUUCCGCCAGUUGAUAAAUUGGGUGUACCGUUUGCUUUCAUGCCCACAGAGAUGAUAGACUAUGAGAUGACUUUCUACUGUUCGUUUGGAUACGAGAUUGUGAAGAUACUGGUAAAAGGGCAAGGCGGUCUACCGAACAGUAUUGAAACAAGAUUAGAUAUACCUAGCUAUGUAGAGCAAAGGAUUCGAAAUGCGUACACCGAAAAUGUCAGAGAGAAUAGCCAACAUAGUAAACAUAGUGAUGACGCCAUGGUGGGGAGUUCUACAGCCCAAAACGACAGAGUGGAUUACUAUGACGGUGUACACACUGCAGGAACCAUCGACAUUUACGGAAUAAACGAUUCUCCUCCUUUCGUUUUGGAUUUGAAGAAGCCGCAACCAUCGUACCUAGCGUUAUCAAUAUCAGUGUGUUCUAAAGGACAACGUGAUGGCUAUCCGAAAAUGCUGAUGAGGCAAAUGUGGGAACAGACGCCCCCCUAUGACCUACAAUCGUCAGACUUCAAUGACUACGGUUCGUCCGGAUCUGGUUUAAGCGGGAACAACAUGACAGUGGCCGAUAUCAUUCGUAUUAUUGAUGGGAUUUUAUGGGAUGCACUGCAUAGCAAAAUGUUCAAGUACCAUUUGCAAUAUUAUGCCAAGGAAGACAUUCCCACUUAUGGACAACUUGUGAAAGUUAUGGAGGGUGACGCGAAACCUAUGUUGAGUAGAAGGGUCACAUCUGGUAUAUGCGACGCCAUUGUCAAUAAAGCAAUCUUUCAUGUUUACAAUUUGAACUCCAAGCGUGAAAUGACCAUACUGGAAGCAGAGUAA